AUGCCCGAACAACUCAAAAAUGCGCGUGCCGCCUGUAAGGCGACAGUGACUCGAAUACAGAACUAUAUCAUGAAGCCUACCAACCUUACAUUCGCGACGGUGGACAUUUUAGAAGCUCGCAAAGAUAAAUUAGUGUCAGCCUUAAAGAGCUACGAAGGUAUUCAGAUAGAUAUUUUGAGUUUGGAUGGCGAGGAUGCAGAGGAUGUGGGUGAGUUCGAAGAAAAGUUUUUUAACACAAUUGCUAGGAUUAACGAAACUAUACGUAUGCUUACUAAAAACGAGACCCCACAAACUAGCUGUAUGUCGGCAUCUUAA